UUGACUGCUGCCUGUGAUCAGGGUGUGACAUUUCUGGCUCUUGGUAAUGGAGCUCCUGACAUCUUCAGUGCCAUUGCAGCAUUUUCCCACCCGCACACAGCGGGGUUGGCUGUCGGAGCCUUAUUUGGAGCCGGGAUAUUUGUUACUACAGUAGUUGCUGGCAGCGUGGCGCUGGUCAAGCCUUUUGCUGUAGCUUCUCGUCCGUUUCUGCGCGAUGUCAUCUUCUACAUGGUUGCAGUGUUUUGGACUUUCCUCAUAUUGUACAGAGGAACUGUGACGCUGGGAGAAACACUGGGGUACCUUGGCCUCUACGUCCUGUACGUCGUGAUUGUUAUCAUCAGUGCGUUCAUUUACAACCGGCAAAAGUAUUCUGACAACACGAGUGUCCAGAAUGUUACACAUGUUCCAGCAGACUUUCAUUCGUCUGACUCAUCAGAUGAUGACGUUCCCUGUCUGACAGGCAGGAGUCUUCAUCAGGAGUAUGAGUCAGAGUAUCGACCACUUCUGCCCUACUCUGAGUCUACAAGUCAGAUCCUGCUGAGCUCUUUGAAUCCAGUCGACAACCGUAAGUGGAGGAGGAAAUCAUGGAAGUGGAAAGUCCUUAAAGUACUCAAGACGCCUCUGGAAGUGCUGCUGCUGCUCUGUAUCCCUGUGGUCGACCCUGACAAAGAAGACAGAAACUGGAGGCGCCCCCUAAACUGCCUCCACCUGAUCACUGCUCCUCUGGUGUGUGUGCUUGUCUUCCAGUCUGGAGCGUAUGGAAAUUAUAUGAUCCAAGGGCAGUUUCCCCUCUGGCUGCUGUUUCUCCUGCUGGGACUUUUCGUUUCUGCUAUUGUCUUCUGCUCAACCAGCAAUGACUGUCCUCCCAGAUAUCACUCAUUCUUUGCUCUUUUGGGGUUUGUGGUGAGUGCAGUGUUGAUCAGUGCGGCGGCCUCUGAAGUGGUCAGUCUUCUGCACAUGCUCGGGGUUGUGCUGCGUCUGAGCAACACUGUGCUGGGAUUGACUCUGUUGGCCUGGGGAAACAGCAUUGGAGACUGCUUUUCUGACAUCACCAUCGCUCGGCAGGGUUACCCACGGAUGGCUAUAUCUGCCUGCUUUGGAGGCAUCAUUUUCAACAUGUUGUUUGGAGUGGGUUUAGGAUGUCUGGUGCAAAUGCUCCAAACACAUGCCGACGUGCAGGUUGAACCAGAAGGUUUGCUGACAUGGAUUCUUGCAGGAUCGCUGGGUUUGUCUCUGGUCCUGUCCUUUGUCAUCGUUCCACUGUGCCGCUUCCACUUGGGUCGGGCCUAUGGCAUCUUUCUCCUCAUCUUCUAUGUCAUCUUCCUUAUCAUUGCACUUCUUACAGAGUUUGGCGAGAUUCGUGUUACGUAGACCUGAUGCUGCGGCCGGUCUGAAAAAUGACAACUACAACUAUUUAUGCACUAUUUUUUUACAAGAAUCAGCUGUAACCUUUGUUCCACUUGACUACUACCCACAGAGUUCCUGUGGUUGGAUAAUGAAAUCAGGCGAGCAAAGUCUGCUCAGGGAGGACCGAAACGACACACACUGUGCCUUUUGUAAUUUGAAACACUGAAUUGUCUCCAUUAAUUAUUGAUCUAAAUGUUAAUGACUUGUGCAUGCUGCUUUGGGGUAAUUAAAUGAUUUUGGUUUAAUUUU